UCCAUCUUGAUGCGCGCUUUCUCGCGCUGGUCUUUGGUUGGUGGAUGGUAGUUUACCCAUGCGUCAGGAUCGGAGGGGGCGGCAGGUGCCGUGGGGAAGGGGUAGAGGCGGAGGGCAGCGAGGGGGACGCUGGAGAGGAGAGCACGGUGGUCGAGGGCAUCACCGCAUUCAUGUACCGCUUCCUGUCCACCUCCUGUUGUAUUGAUGAUGGCGUGUGUGUGGUGGCUUACUAGUAGGUCGUCAAUGCGGCUCAUGUGCGGUGCGGUGGCUUGAUCGUGUAGGUAUGUGUGGGGCCGGGGGUGUUCGUGUGUGGGUGGUGUGAGUGGGUGCAGGCCCGCAGAGGCGGCGAAGGCAAUGUGGGCGCGGUCCGUAGCGUUCAGCUGGCCUGUGCUGCGGUCGGAGGGGAACAGCACUGCGUUCCAGUCGCCUCCAAUAAGGAGAUGCUCUUUCGCGGCUGUCGUUUUGGCGGCUUGGUCGGUGCAGUAUUUGUAGAUUGCAGCACGGGUGGCGUCGUCGCUGGGGGCGUAUAUGCCAAUGGCGUGUACUGGCGUGCUGUGUGGUGGUGCAAUGCGUAUGUGGCAGACGUGGCCUGCCAGGCGUGAGUCUGUGUUGUGUGCAUUCAUGUCUGUGGUGCCAGACGGGCGGCUAAAGCGGUGGGUGACACCGACCAUGACGCCGGCAUGGGGGCGGGUUCCCUCUCGUGGGUUGUAGGGUGCGUUGCUGGUGUAGGUUUGGUAGUGCGAGGAGAGGCCUUUUUUAGCGCUGCCCAUGCUGUAGUGGAGGCGGGUGGGAAUUUUGGUUUCGGUGAGGAAGAGGAUGUCGGGGGUGUGUGUGGUGACCGUGUGGAGGAUGCUUUCAUGGUGACUCAACAGUUCCCUGGUGUUGAGGGUGAGGAUGGAGAUGCGUCCGUCGGGGGGUGGAGAGGGGCUGGCCUGGGCUUGGCCGUUUGUGGGUUCGGUGGGUGUGUUUUGGAGUGUGGCCGUGUGUCUUCUUUUGUGCGAUGUUGCUAUGGUGGUCUGGUGGAGUCUCUUGGCUGGCGGCGGUGCGCUGGGGGUGCCGGUGGCGAGUUUGCGUAGUUUAGGGGUGGGGUUGGGCGUACGCCUGGCGGGGCGUUUUGUGGGGCCCGCUGGUUUGGGCACGAUGCGCGUGGCAGUGUUGCUUCGGGCGGCUGGGCCUGGGUUGGCGCUCGUAGGCGGGCUAGGGGAGUUUGUGGUGUUGGGGCCGGCGGGGGGGCCGCCGGUAGGGUUAGUGGGGGGGUCCUGUGCGAGGGCUGCGGGUGUGGGGCCGAGUUUGUUAGCAGUGGAGGUACUGUUGCCAUUUUGGGUGCGUGUGCGUUUGGUGCCGGCGUGUGGGCGGGUUUCCUCAUUGGUGCGGACAGGGGUGAUGCGUAUGCCCUCGUGUGAGAGGGUGAUGCGGGUGGUGGGGGGGCUGGUUGGCGGGAUGUCCCGGAUGUUGAAGUUGGUUGAUAUUUCGGGGUGUCGUGUGUAAGUGAGGGUUAGGGCGAGGCCGCGCCCCAGAUCCGCCCAUCGGUAGUAUCCCGGCUGUGCUGUGUUGGCGUUCGUGAGGGGGAUGGCGCGUUUUGCGUUGGAGUCGUGUAGCCACCAGCGGCCGUUUGCGUGUUUCACAGUUCGGGCAUGGCCGCCGUGGAUAAGAAUAAAGCCGAUGUGGCGGGAUUCGGAGGGAAUGGCGUUGAGUGCUUCGUGUUGGUUGAGGCCGCCAUGGUACGAGCAUGCCGUGAGUUGGACGUAGGGUAAGCCUGGCAGGGGGGAACAGGUGGUAGCUUUGAGGCAGUGGUUUAUGAGGCCGUAGUCGAUGUUGUUGGUUGUCAGGUAGGUCGCCCAUGUGGGUGUUGAAGCCGGGGGGGACUGGAUUGCCGUGGUGGCUGGAUGCAGGGCACUGGUCAGGGCGGCAAUGGGUGUCGCAAGGGUGUGUUCUAUUUAUGUCCGUGUUGCUUCAAUGGUGGAUUUGGGGACUGGCAAGACAACGUUACGCCAAGGGCCUGGGUUGUCAGGGGGGGUGGUCUCCGGUAGAGUGGCCGUGCGUGAGGGCCAGAGUCUGAGGGGGAAGGUUGGUACACGUGAGUGUACGGAGUAAAGUGGUCGAAGAGGCCCCCGCACGCUUCAACAGAGGUUAGCGCUGGAGUUGGACUGGUGGGGUCGGCGACCGCUGCGCUAGCAUUUUGGCAGAAGAGGAUGUCGUCGAUGCGGCUGGUGGGGAGGGGUGUGCCGUUUCGAGUCUGAUAGUAAGACAUGUUGGUGCCUCCCCCGGGUUCAGGGAGUCGCUGCAGUCUGUUGCUGGAGACGAAGCGGGCAUGCAAUCUGUCUGCGUCGUCCAUAGGUCCCUGACGGUCUUCGUGUUUGAGUACUGCAUUGAAAUCCACCAAUAAUGACGUAUUCCCCAGCAGCAGAGGCAUUCUUUAGAGUGGUCUCGCAGUAUUGGUAGAUGCGGCGGCGCGUUGGCAUGUCUUCUGGGGCAUAAACGCCAAGUACAUGUAGGGGGGUGCUGUGUGGCGUGCGGAUGGUGCAGUGCAAAAGGUGACCCUGGAGGUUGGAUGGGGUGUUGGGCGUGUCGAUACCGCCGCCUGAGUGGUAUUUCUCUGAGAUGGCCAUGACCACUCCUGCAGAGCGGCGCUUGUAGUGCUCUGUACCUGGCUUCGUGGAUGUAAGGGUGCGGUAUG